GUUUUAAUUCGUCUAAUUGGUGCUGAUGAGCACAUAUAUACUAACGACUUGGACUCUAUUCCGUGGUUGGAAGAUAUGAAUGUUCUGGAGAUGAUUGUGGAUAAGUUCAGUUCAUCAUUUGCAGAUUCCUUGAUCAUGAUGUCACGUUAGGAAGUCAGUUCCAGAGAUUUUUCAUUUGAAGAUAAAAUUUAAGUACUUUUUAAGGCUCAAAGUACCUGAACCACACAUUAUAAGAUAAUGAAUUUCCUGCCAUCAAAGGAUUGCCCUGGAGUGCAUGCUAAUGCUGCUGAAACACUUUGUGCAAUAGCUCUAUAUGCUCCCCCCGGGUUAGCUUCAAAAAUCUCCAGUCCAAGUUUUAUAGGAAGAUUAUUCCAUCAUGCUUUGGAGGAGUCACGACCAAAAUCCGUUUUGGUUAACUUGCUCUCUGUCUGCAUAUCCUUGUUAGACCCCAAGAAGCUAAUGUCAGGAACAUAUUAUUUGUACCACCACCAAAUGACUAAUGGAUCCGGAAUCAGUGUAAAACCUGAGACAGUUGAAGGCAUGUUGGUGAGCCUAGGCAAUAUACUCAAGCUUUUGGAUUUUUCAUCUGAAGAUAUGGUCUUGCUAACUACAUAUGGAAAGUUGCAGCCUCCUCUUGGAAAGCAUCGUUUGAAGAUUAUAGAGUUCAUCUCAGUCUUGUUGACUGUUAGUAGUGAAGCUGCAGAAAAGGAAUUGAUUCGCCUUGGCGCUUUAAAAGGCAUUGUAAAAUUAUUUUUUGAGUAUCCAUACAAUAACUUCUUACACCACCAUGUCGAGAACAUUAUAGUAUCUUGCUUAGAAAGCAAGAACCCACAUUUUGUUGAACAUCUUCUUAAAGAAUGUAAUCUUCUUGGGAAGAUUAUUGAAGCAGAGAAGAAUUUCACAUUGGAUGUUGAUAAAAAUAAGCCAACUGUUCUUGCUGAGGGUAGGAGACCACCCAGGAUAGGGAAUAUUGGACACACGACACGCUUGGGUAACAAGCUUAUCCAAUUAGGGAAUAACAACAGCGAUGUUCAGACAUUUUUGCAGCAAAAUAGUGAAUGGGCUGAUUGGUAUUCAAAUGUACUGCUGAAGCGCAAUGCAGUGGAAAAUGUUUUCCAGUGGGCAUGUGGGAGGCCUACAACACUACAUGAUCGGACAAGAGACAGUGAUGAUGAUGAUUACCAAUAUCGGGAUUAUGAUGUUGCUACUUUAGCAAAUAACUUGAGCCAGGUCUUUCGUUAUGGAGUCUCUAACAAUGAUGAUAUUGAUGAGGUUCAUGGUUCACUUGAACGAGAUUAUGAGGACGUGUACUUUGAUGAUGAAUCUGCUGAAGAAGUCAUUUCUUCCCUUCGAUUCGGAGAUGAGCAGGAUAGGUAGGUGGAUAUACUUGUUUGCUUUGAUUUUCUUCUAUAUUUUUCUCAGAAUGAAAAAUGAAAUUUGCAUGAAUUUGCAUUGGGCUCUCUUAGCUGUAUAGAACUUAUUUCCUUGAUUGUGUUUUUAAUCCAUUCCAUGUUCGUUGCUUCUACUGGUGCCUUUUGAAGUCGGCUAAGUUUGUUGGUCGAAUUUGCGACAUAUUGAAAAGCUAUAAUUUUUUGUGUUCAUAACAUAUUCCAAGAGAGAUUUUAGUAUUUUUUUGCUUAGCUGAAAAGACUGUAUUUUGUAGCUUUAGUUAUCCUAAUUAAGUUGUGACUCUUCAAGAGCAACUAUCCUAAUUAAGUUGUGACUCUUCAAGAGCAACUAUCUUAAAUCAGUCGUUCUAAUUUUUCUUUGAUUUGUACACUGUCAAUGAAAAGACAAACUAUACAGAUUCCCUCUGGAUUUGGGCUCAUCUUGAGUGCUUCCCUGUCAUCACUUUG